AUGCCUGUUCCUUUCGAGACGCUGAUUCCUUAUGGAAUCAUGAUUGCCAUGUUCGGCGUCACCGGUACCGGGCUGCAUGUCAUCAAGGGCAUCCAGAAUGGUGGGAAAAAGCCCGUUGGGGUUUGGACCAGUGGGAUCGGCAAAGUAUAUACUCCCGGCGAACUUAACUACCGAUUACUCGACCUCGAGCUAACAGAAAUGCUUACAGUGAUGGACCGAGACCGUAGACUGACGGGCGACUUGCGUGGACAAAUUGGCAACCACGAAGCGCCUCCGGGCUUCGAGCUGAACAACCCUUGGAGAUUAGAGAAGCGCAUCUCGUAG